GCCAUGUUGGCUGGCGUGUGGGUGUCAAACGCUGCACGGGCUCGGGUAGCUCCCGCCUCUCCAGCGUUGCCGGCGGCUGCAGCCUUGCACUCGCGCGGGCUGGGAACGGAGGGCAUGGCUUGCAGCUUCUGGGACCUGAGGAUUUGGGAGGAGGAAAUGACUGUUGAGCAUCUUCCUGUCCCCUCUGCAUCACCACACUGAAGCUCUUCCUGGAGUGUAGAGCUUGGGGAAGAAAAAGUUUCUCUUGAAGGGCUUUCCAUUCCUGACAAAGAUAAAAAUGACAAACUUCAUCUAUCAGACGGCAGAUGAAAAACAUUGUGAACAAUUACUCAGAGGGCCUGAAAUCACAAAGUUCGGGAAGCCACCUCCAAUGACCCGUGGGCCCAUCUAGCUCUCUGAUGACCGAGAUUGCUGACCUGACCUACAAUGUAGUGGCCUUUUCGGAGAUUCAUGAGCAUGGUUUGGAAGCUUGCUUAACGACCAUGGCAAGAACUGGCGGCACGUGUACAAGGCCCCUGACACUGCUGGACUACCUUAUCAAAACCGGUUCUGAGCGGGUAGCCCAGCAGUGCCGUGAGAACAUCUUUGCCAUUCAGACUCAGGACUUCCAGUACAUUGACCGUGAUGAAGAUCAGGGUAUCAAUGUGCGAGAGAAAUCAAAGCAGCUGGUUGCUCUCUCCUCAAAGAUGAGGACGAUUGAAGACUGAAGGGUCCAGGCUCUCAAAACCAAAGAGCGCAUUUGGCUCAGGUGGCCACUUGGUGUGGGCAGCAACCAGAUUACCUUCGGCCGUGGCUCAAGCCAGCCCCAACCUUUCUACUAGCUACUCGGGAGCAGGAGUAUGGCAAGGCUGGGGGGCUCCCCGGCCUCCUACCAUGGCUCUACUUCCCCACGAGUGUCUUCAGAGCUGGAGCAGGCCCGGCCACAGACGAGUGGAGAAGAGGAGCUGCAGCUGCAGCUGGCACUUGCCAUGAGCAGAGAGGUAGCAGAACAGGAAGAACGCCUCAGGCGGGGUGAUGACCUCAGAUUGCAGAUGGCUCUGGAAGAAAGCCGGAGAGACACAGUUAAAGUUCCAAAAAAGAAAGAGAUGAAAGCUUGCUGCAAGCCGGGCUCCCACUCACAGCAGACUACUUUGUUGGAUUUAAUGGAUGCCCUCCCCAGCUCAUGCCCUGUUACCCAGAAAACUGAACCCUGGGGCCCAGGGGCCUCUGCUAACCAAACCAACCCCUGGGGUGGAACAGCAGCUCCUGCGAACAUUUCCGAACCCUGGCCAUCAUUUGGUACUAAGCCAGCUGCCUCUGUGGACCCAUGGGGAGUGCCUACCACAGUCAGCACACAGUCUGUCCCUAAGAACCCAGACCCCUGGGCAGCCUCACAGCAGCCUGCCUCCAGUGCUGGGAAAACAGCAGAUGCCUGGGGUCCUGCCAAGCCUGGCUCUGCCUCAGGGUCUUUUGAACUCUUCAAUAAUUUCAAUGGUACAGCUAAAGAUGACUUUUCUGAAUUUGACAACCUUCGAACUUCAAAAAAGCCAGCUGAAUCAGGGGCCUCAGUACCACCCCAGGACAGCAGAACCACAAGUCCUGACGUCUUUGAGUCUCAACCCCUGACUUCUGCCUCAAGCAAGCCUAGCAGUGCCCGGAAAACACCUGAGUCCUUCCUGGGCCCUAAUGCAGCCCUGGUGAACCUGGACUCACUGGUGACCAAACCUGCUCCACCAGCCCAGUCCCUCAAUCCCUUUCUGGCACCAGGUGCUGCAACCCCAACCCCUGUCAACCCCUUCCAGGUCAACCAGCCCCAGCCGCUGACACUUAAUCAGCUUCGGGGGAGCCCUGUCCUUGGGAGCAGUGCAUCCUUUGGGUCUGGUACAGGGAUGGAGCCUGUGGCCCCUGUGACCUCAGUAGCCCCACACUCAACAUUGGGGGCCAGUGGCUCUUCGUUAACACCACUAGGCCCUACAGCAAUGAACAUGGUAGGCAAUGUGGGCAUUCCCCCGUCAGCAGCUCAGGCCACGGGCACAACCAACCCUUUCCUUCUCUAGUGCCCAGGCUGGUACUUGCCUGAGUGAACACCCAGAGUGCCGAGCCCAAGGAGGUCAAGUGGGAACUCACUCUGAUUUGUGUAAUGGCUGAGAAUAUGGUGGUAGGGGUGUUAGAGCUUCAGGUCCAGCUUCCUGGUGAAAGGGUGGUUAUUAUAGUCCAGACUUUCAGGCUGGAGUACGGGUGGGAUGGCCUCCCUGUCCUAGCCGGGCCCCUGUGUCUCUUCCUAAGUGCUCAGCUCUGACUGUGCUCCACUGAGGUCUUGAACAAAGGGGUGUUAUCAGUGUUGCCAGAUUCUGGGAUGCUGUCUAGCCCAGGACUUGGGGCAGUUACAUUGUGUGCCCCAGCAGUCCUCAGGGUGUGGACAAGGUGAAGCUCUGGCCCCACUCCACACUGACUGUUGGAAAGUGGUUCUGCAUAUUUUACUUUUCCUUAGACUCGUGGGAGUCUAAGAUAAACACUAGUGUGGGGCUUUAAGCUGACCAGAGCACAGCCCUGCCCCCUGGCUCUGUGCUUGUGCACGUUUGCACAUUUUGUUGAGUACAGUUUCAUAUUUGAGUUUGCAGAAUUAUCUAAUAGUCUUUUUUGGCUAAUAUUUUUAUAAUGUGGUUCUUAUUUAACUGUCUAGUUUUGAUAGAAUUGACCAAGUCUGGCUGAAUUAAGGUCUUGGCACAUAUUAUUUUAGUGGUCUAAUUUCUCUUAUUUAUGGUUUUAACUGUAAGAAAACUUUAAAAGAAGAGAUAUUUGGAUGACAAAAAUAUGCCUUAUGGAAAACUAAGCAAAUUCUUUAUAGGAAAAAAAUUCAGAAUUUGAUUACACAGAAAGAAUUUUAUUAAAACAAAACAAAAACUUCCAACAGUAACAAAAACCUGCAGCCUCCAGUUGCCUUUUUCCUUUCUUCAGCUCUUUUGAUGAAUUACCAAAUCAGUUGAUCCUUCAGCCUUUUGCCUAGAUCCUGAGAGGCUUUUUUGCUACUAGUAUAUUGACAUCUUAAUGUUAAAAGGAAAAACAAACACGCAUGAUUGUGACUUGCCAGUUUUUAUCGACUACUUCCUUUCUUUGUACCUGGCGCACAGGGAUUGCCAGGAACUUCUGUUUACUGCACACCAGAAGUGUGGCUGGCUGCCCCAUCAUCAUGCUCAGGUUAAUGAGAUUGUGUGAAAAUGGGGGUGGCUGUGCACUUCUGGGCUCAUAGGUCACCAGGGAUGGUCCCUAAGCUGAGUUAGAACAGAGACUGACUUUGAUGUGUGCUGCCAGCUCCACUCAGACUGUUGACCAGGAAGUGAUCCUAUCUUACGUUGGAGAUGAAAAAGAAUGUUCACGUGGUGUCCGUUUCUAACAGACGCGCACGGAUGCUGUAUUCUCUGCCGACCUCCCGAUUCCUCACUCUACUCACUGCUAAGGAAAGUGUUAAAUCCCGAAUUAGAGACCACAGACUUGCUUUUCCUCAGAGAAAGGAUCGCCCCUUUUUGGUCCUGGCAGUUGUGUGGCUGGCCUUUCUGCCCUGUCUCACUAUAUGAGCUUCUUACUUCAAGGGUGCCCAACCCCGUGCCAGCCCCUCUGUAUCCAGGGAAAGUUUUGGUUCUCAGCAUCUACAUGGUUGACUGAGUGGUUCCUGCUUGAGGAGGACUGCACUCAAGCCCCUCCUGAGUCUGAGAGCCCACAUGCUGCUCCUAGGCCCCGCAGACCAAGGUCCCUUCCUAAUUACAUGCUCUUCCCAGGACUAGGGGCCUACGGGUGGGCUUGGGCUCUGCUGUUCAGGAAGGCUGAUGACUGGGCUCCUGCUUGGGAGAGGCGGAGACUUCACGGGACAGGGGAGACAGGGCAGUGUUUCAGAUGGCACUUUCUUUGGAUCGGAUAUGCCAGGUCCAUAUCUGCCUGCUGAGGGCCAGUGAUUCUGCUGCAGAAGAUGAGAGUCCUUCUGACUGAGGCCCCACCCCAAUAGCCACUGGGUUCCCUCCUCCCACAGGAUAUCCAGCGCAUGUCCCUGUUACCCACUGCACUGAUCAUGAAGCCACUGGCCACUGCCAUGUGUGUUGCACACGUGCUACCAUGCCCUUCCUGAUGGACACCAUAAGGAAGUUAUCCAGCUGUUCCUCAGUCCCGGGGCUGGUGGUUGGUUUUGGAUUUGUGUUGACUGUUGAUACUUAUUUACUGUAUAAAUAUAAUUUAUCAUUUGUAUCAUGA